GGGAACAAAGUCUGAACCGGGCAGUGAUGUAGUUGUUAAGAUGUAAUUGAUAUGGCUAGUUUGUACAAGCGUUUUAUUGUAGAUGUUUAUUGUCGAGCUGGUUAAUUAACUACUAAAGAAGUAACUGCCUGAGACAGUUUGGAAACGGGCGGGCUCAAAACACGCAAAUCUACAGAGCGCGCCUCAGGUCGCUUGCAAACACCAGCUCAAUUCCCGUCCCUGCACCUUGGUCGUCAGCUCUCAGCAUUUCUGUGUAUCAGUAUCAACUGGUAAAUAAGUAUGACGAGCAGACUUUCUGAGAUGACGGCCAGGAGACUGCUCUCGACGGCUGCAGCGGUGGUGGGGUCGUGUGCGUCUGUUUACUCUGGAUACCCAAUUAAUACCAUCAUGAACGGCCCCGUGCUCGAGGCUAUUACUGAGAAGAUAGACGUCGAGACGGUUACUUACUACCUGUACAUUGCCCUGCAAUAUCUCCUGAGUUUUCUGUCAAAAGUUGGACUGGACUGGCUGGCGGAAAUCAUCAUUGCGUUUCUCACGCAGCUGGCGAUAGGUAAGAUUCUGGACGAUCUGAACGAGAGACUGCGCAGUGUUAUCGAUCUGAUUCCCUCGGACUUGAUUGACGGAAUCUUAAACAUGCUGCCGUCGCUGCCCUCACUUCCUUCGCUACCUUCGAUCCCCGGCCUCCCGUCGCUUCCAAUCCCGAGUUUGCCUACGUUCCCGACCCCUACGCCGCCUGAGUUGCCUGGGUUGCCGACGACGGCGAGCUGGCUUCUUUUGAGAGUUGUUCAGGAGCUGGCAAAGACCUAUCUUACGCUCGAGUUGCGCCGUUUCAUUACAAAGAGACUAGCGGGCGUGGAGAAGCAGAGAUCUAAUAGUACGACAGAGUCGGUCUCUGAUCUCGACCUGUAUCAGAAUGCCGAGGCCGAGACUGAGGGUGAAGGCGAGGAUGAAGGCGAGGCCGGGGAUGUUGAGGCAGCUGACGACGUGCACAUUCUGCCGAUUGAGAUCGGUGAGCUGCGGGCCGAGUCAUCUUAUAGAAGAGCUGUGGCGCGAUUGCAGGAGCGUCCAGAGGGCGUGAGUUUCAAGACAGAUUAGCUGUUCUCUUGUACGGUGAAGACAGUGUGCUGAUGACGUCGGCUUUGAUGGCUCCACGCCUCUGACCGCCGUCGCGAAAUAUUUUAAUCCUACGUUCCCUCCGACAGACCCACAGAAGAAUCUGCCAACGUCCACCGUAAAUAAAACAAGCAACUGACAUUAAAGCUUCACAGCGAAGAGCAGUAAACAAACAAAGCACGGGACACGCUUUGGUCGUGCGAUUGGUCGUCUGCCGAGCCGCACGAGGGCGCCCAAAAAA